GCCUCCACAAGUUUCAUUUCACAAACAAAAGAACGGGCGAGAGAGAAAGGAGAAAGACAGCGCUCUCUCACUCCCUUGUCUGCAACAAGAGUGUGGUUUCAAGGGAUUGCAAGAGAGGGUGUGCGAUCGAUCUAUGGAGCUUUUCCCCUCCCAGCCGGACCUCUCACUGCAGAUCGGCCUCCCCGCUCGCGCUACGUCCCACCACCACGGCGCUGCCCUGAGCGCCAGGCUCCUCGCGGCAGCCGCAGGUGGCAGUGUCGGUGGCGGCAACGGGGUCCCUGGCAACCCGGCGGCGGCUAUGGCGCCGUCCCUGCAGGUGCCCAUUCCCAUACCGCUGCAGCUGCCGCUGCCGAUGCCCCCCAACGCCGCCGCCAUGCUACGACCCAUACGCGGGGUACCGCUGUACCAGCACCCGCACACGCACGCGGUGCCGCCGACGUUCCCGCCGCACGCGGCGGGCGCGGGCCCGUGCUUCUGCGAGCCUUGCCACGUCGCCGCGGGCGCCUGGCGCCGCGCCGGGUGCGGCUUCGGGGCUCGCGUCGCCGGGUUGUUCCCCCCGGCGAAGCGCGCCGCCAGGGCGCCGCGCAUGCGCUGGACGUCCACGCUCCACGCGCGCUUCGUCCACGCCGUCGAGCUGCUCGGCGGCCACGAAAGGGCAACUCCCAAGUCAGUUCUUGAGCUCAUGGACGUGAAGGAUCUCACCCUGGCUCAUGUCAAGUCUCACUUGCAGAUGUACAGGACCGUGAAGAACACCGAAAGGCCGGCAGCUUCGUCAGAUCAAGCUGAUGGGUUCGAGAGCGGGUCGUCAUCGGCUGGCGAGAUCUGCGACGACGACAACUCCUCGCUGGAUCUGCACGGCACUGACGGCAGGCGGCCGGAGUCGUCGUCGGCAGUUCGGCAUGGAAGGUUAACUGCCUGUAACGAUCAUGGGAGCAGCACCGGUGCUCAUGGUGGUGCCCUCUGGAACAGCUCCUCAAGGGAAGACUGGGCCGGCUUUCCCAGCGACUCCAACACCGGCAGCAUGAGCAUGCAUUCUCGAUCUCUCAAGGAUCAGACGAUGCAGUCCAAGAGCCUGGAGAUCCUGUCGGACAUGAACUCCUCCUGCGUGUCGGAGACGACGUCGUGUGCCAGCGAGUUGAACCUGGAGUUCACCCUAGGGCCACGCAUCAGGCACUAGCAGCACGCAAAGCAAUCAUAGGCCGGUACGUCAUGGAGGACGGCGACAAGCAGCAUCGGAGGAUUAGCUAGGCUAGGGACGGGGAAAAGGGGGUGCUUUGCACUGCAUGCAUGUUCAUGUGAUCGAUCGAUCGUGCUAAGAUGGAGGAUGCAUUCAUAUCAUGGUCCCAGAGACAGGACACCAUACAUGCAUCUUUCACUGUUAAAAGGAGGCCAUGCAUGGACAGACAGCAGCUAGCAUCCAGGAAAGAAGGAUUAAAGGUGUAGGAGCAGCAGCUAGGUACGUCGUAGUGGUAGAGGUGAGGUGAUCGCGAUAUGAUCGAAAGCUAGCGAACAGCCGCCAUGUGUGUAAUGGGGUCGUCGUUGUUAGAUCGAGCGCGUUUAGGAUCGGACAAUCUGUUUAAAGGCCUUUUUGCAGCAACAUUGCAAUAUGCAUGAGCUUGUUGCGUUGCUAGCUAGGGGCCCGGGUACGUCCAAAGGAACAAAAGGGAUGACCUGUGUUGUUGCUUU